GAGUGUGUGUGUGUUUGUGUGUGUGUGUGUGCUCCUCUCUUCAGAGACUGGAGAGUAAACUAUCAAAUGGGCACAGGCUUGUUAGCCAGUCAGGUGGGUGCUAAGUCUGCUAACUUGCAGGCAAGCAGCGCUGUACUUAGCCCUGUGAGGUUGUGUGCUAUUAUGGCUAGCCAAAACCAAAAGGCUAUGAAGAAGUAACGAAGCAGGUCGCUGUUUUGGGGUUUUGUUUUUUUUUUUUUAAUUGGCUAGGUGUAGCUAACGCGGAAGGCAUCUCCACGGAGUAAUCAAUGGUUAGCAUAACGGACCCAGCACUGUACUCGUUUUAAAAGGCACUUCUUUCCCGACUAACAGGAUGUCUAAACGCCUACGAAACACGGACGUCUGCGCCGACUGCUGCGUCCCAGAUCCUCGUUGGGCCUCGGUGAACAGGGGCGUGUUGAUUUGCGAUGAGUGCUGCAGCGUUCACCGAAGUCUGGGCAGACACAGCUCCCAAGUCCGUCACCUGAUGCACACACCUUGGCCUCCUACGCAGCUACAGAUGGUUCAGACAUUAUACAGCAAUGGUGCAAAUUCAAUUUGGGAGCACUCCCUUCUGGACCCUGCGUCCGUGAUGAGCGGGAAACGCAAGGCCAACCCUCAGGACAAACUUCACCCAAAUAAAUCAGAGUUCAUAAGAGCCAAGUAUCAGAUGCUGGCGUUUGUGCAUCGCAUGCCCUGCCGGGAUGAUGACAGCUCCACAGCCAAGGAUUUGAGCAGGCAACUUCACUCAAGUGUGCGCACCGGCAACCUGGAGACUUGUUUGAGGUUGCUGUCGCUGGGAGCGCAGGCGAACUUUUUCAACCCUGAAAAAGGAAAUACCCCCUUGCAUGUGGCUGCGAAAGCGGGACAAGUGUCUCAGGCCGAGCUGUUAACGGUGUACGGGGCGGAUCCCGGGGCGCCGGACAGCAACGGCAAAACUCCCAUCGACCAUGCAAGAGAAGCCGGCCAUCAUGACCUGGCGGAUAGGCUGGUGGAGAUCCAGUACGAGCUUACUGAUCGACUGGCGUUUUACUUGUGUGGGAGAAAACCAGAUCAUAAAAGCGGCCAGCACUUCAUCGUUCCGCAAAUGGCUGACAGAAACAUUUUAGAUUUGUCAGAACUGGCAAAAGCAGCAAAGAAGAAACUGCAGUCUCUCAGUAAUCAUUUAUUCGAAGAGCUGGCCAUGGAUGUGUACGACGAAGUGGACAGACGAGAGACGGACGCAGUGUGGCUGGCGACGCAGAAUCACAGCACCUUGGUGACGGAGACAACCGUGGUUCCUUUCCUUCCCGUGAAUCCGGAGUAUUCGUCGACGAGAAACCAGGGACGACAGAAGCUCGCGAGGUUCAAUGCGCACGAGUUUGCAACUCUGGUGAUUGACAUAUUAAGCGACGCUAAGCGCAGACAGCAAGGGAACUCCGUAGCCAGUCCCAAAGACAACGUUGAACUGAUCCUAAAGGGCGUAGGCGUCAGACAUUGUAGCGAUAGCCAGGACAAUGACCAGCCCGACUAUGACAGCGUGGCGUCGGACGAGGACACGGAUCAGGAGCUCCCCUCCAGCAAAGGAGACAGGACUAAGAGCCUGGACUCUGACCUCUCAGACGGCCCCAUCACUAUGCAAGAAUACAUAGACGUGAAAAACGCACUGUCGGCCUCCGAAGCCAAGAUCCAGCAGCUCAUGAAAGCCAACAACAACCUGAGCGACGAGCUGAGGCUGAUGCAGAAAAAGCUGCAAUCUCUGCAAAGCGAGAACACGUCUCUCAGGCGGCAGGUCACAGCCAAUAUCUAUCAGAUCCCCAGCGGUACAGACUACCCUGACCCCUCCAGCCCCUCGGCCCUGAAACGCCGACAGUCUGCGCGGGCCAGUCGGCCCAUGUCUAUGUAUGAGACCGGCUCAGGCCUGAAGCCCUAUCUCCCCAAAGGGGAAACUCCCUACCCAGAGGAGGGUAUCCCCACCCUGCAACCCUUCCCACCUCAUACGGAAAGGGGCGCAUUUGUGACCACCUCUUCAUCCCUCCCCUCAUUUCCAUCCACCCUGUCAUGGUCGAAGGACGACAGUGCUCAAAAGGCCUCGAAGUUAGAGAAGCAAGGCAGCAUGCCAGAGAGCGACUAUGACAACACGUUCAAUGACUCUGAGAUGGAUGACUCAGGUUUCAGCAGGAGAGGGAGGCUGAGGAGCAGCGGUUGGCUGGGAGAGGGCAGCUCUAUCCCAGAGCUGGAUGAUCUGGAGAUGGAGUCGGACCCGACUCUCCCCAGCACAGAAGACGUCAUCCGCAAGACCGAGCAGAUCACCAAGAACAUCCAAGAGCUGCUGCGAGCUGCUCAGGACAAUAAACACGACAGACCAUGUGAGCGCGAAGGCGUGCGCCGGCUCAGGCACAGCCUGGGAUGUUUCAGCACUCUGGUGCCCUGGGCUGAGAAGGCCCCCACUCCCCUUCUGCCACUCGGCCUCCGGUCCCCUGACCCCACCUCCUGCUUCAUGCCCUGCUCAGAAAGAAUACAUGUGGCUGUGACGGAAAUGGCCGCCCUCUUCCCCAAGAAGCCUCGCUCAGAGACCGUGAGAGGCUCUCUGCGCUUGUUGACCUCCAGUGCGUGCCGGCUGCAGAGCGAGUGCCGGAAGGCGAUGCCUUCGGAGGGCUGCCCGGGACCGGACAUGCAGCUGGUCACCCAGCAGGUCAUCCAAUGCGCUUAUGACAUUGCCAAGGCGGCCAAGCAGCUCGUCACCAUCACUACAAAGGAGAAUACCAACUAACAGCACUUAGAGGCCGUCAGCAUCUCAGUUUUGUUUUUAUAUAUAUUUUGAGUAAUUUUAUUGUUUUUUUGUUUUUUUGUAUUUGUGGUAUAUGCAUGCGUUUUAUUUAUGAACAGUUGACACUAUUUAAAGCCAACAUUGGACAAAGUCUGAGUAUCACAGGAAAAGUCAGACACUUUCCUUGGGUAUUUCCGGCUAUUAUAGUAGCACAAUAUCUCUUAAGGUAAAAUACCUUCAGGCUGGGAAAAUAUAGUGGUUUCUGGAUCACUCUAACUAUUGGAGGAAAACUCACUCAUAAAUACACAAUAUCUCCAAGCAGCGCAUUGAUCCAAUGAAAGAACCAAGCACAGUCUAGUAAAUCCAUAUGAUGAUACAGGUUAAUGUCCGAAGCCAUAAAUGAGUCAUUGGAUACUAUUAGAAACACUAUCGUAGCUAAAGGAGCUUCCUCUCGUUCACCGCACUGUGCAAGCAUCAUCAUACUGUAAAGUUUAACAUUUAAAAAAACAAAACUGACCGUUACUUCCAGUAAAUGUUGGGAACGUUGUUUAUACACUCUUUGUAGCCCUGCAAUGCUAAUGUUUGUCGCAAAAAGCUAUUUAUAUGGUCUGUCCCCUGUCCAAGUGUAAUCCGGUCUGCAGUGCACUUAUUGCAGCUAUUUAUGUGCGCCCAUUUGUCAAGUCAGUGAAUGCAACACUUGUUCAGGGGCCAAGUUUUUAUUCUUCACCAGCACCGAGAUGUCGUUGCUUUAAGUUGUAAUGAUUUGGUGUGUUUCCGACAGGCUCCACGUUGCACUGUGUUCUGCGGUCUUGUGCGCCAUUUCACUGUUGUUGUCGAGGUGUGUAGAGCUAACAGCCACACUGAACGUGUGUCCACGUGUUUUGUGCUCUGUUCCAUUGCUGCUAGUUUUGUAUUCAGUGUGCAACAUAUGGGAUAGAACUCUAGACGUCUCCUUUUGUUAUUGUGCAGCCCGAAGUGUUUCAGGAUCCAUUUUCAUUUUGAAAUCUGAUCAAAGUAAAGUCCCUCUCUGUGCUUGGAUGGAGUGCAGGGAUGUAUGUGAUGUGCGAUGCAGCUGAUAAGCUGCAUUUCAGAAAAAUAAUUAUUUUCUAAAUAAACUUAAUUUAUAACUAUA